AUGCAAACUUCCAUGUAUCCUCACCAUUCAACUGGUUAUCCAUCAUUUUUAUCCUAUGCUCCAACAGCACAACGAAAAUCUGAUUAUGGAAUGUCACUUCAUCAUCCACAUCAUUAUUUAAAUGAUUCAAUUGGUGCAAAUACUUCAUCAAGUAGUCCAUCAUCAAAUAACAGCUCAGCACAUUUAUUAUCCUAUAGUGGUUACAGUACUGGUCUUGAUUUAUCUUCACAUAAUAAUAAUCUUAAAAGACCACGAAGUGAUAUAGAUGAUGAUGAAAAUAAUAAUGAUGACCGUCAAACUUCAUCAUCACCAUCAACAUCAAUUCUAGGAGAUAUUACUGCAACAGCUAAUGGUCAAAAAAUGCUUCACCAUAUGAAACAAAAUUAUACACAAAAUGAAUUAUGUCCAUCAUUACCAUUUAAAAAACGUGCUCGAGCUGUACCACCUGAACAAAAAGAUCAAGCUUAUUAUGACAAACGAGAACGUAAUAAUGAAUCUGCUAAACGUUCACGUGAUGCACGUCGUCAAAAAGAACAACAAACACAAGAUCGUUUAACAUAUUUAGAACAUGAAAAUUCACGUUUGUUAAUGGAAAAUCAAGCACUUAGAUAUCAACUCUCUCAACUUCAUGCAUUAUGUGGUGUAUCGAAACCAUUACAAUAA